AUGCGUUUCUCAUAUCUAUUACCCGCGCUCUUGCUUUCCAGCACCUCGCUGGCAUCCCCUUCACAGGCGUCUACAGCAGUGGGCAAUGCACCAUCACAGGGGAGUACUCCACCGGAGGAGCAGCCUGUAGCUCAUGCACCCGCCGCGACCCCCGAGCCGACUACUCAGCAGCAGCAGCCGGAUGUCCAAGUCAACGGCCAGCAACAGAGUGCUAAUACCAACGAUGAGAAUGCCGACGCCAAUGCCAACAACCAGAACGCGCCAAACCAAGCCGCGCAAUCAGAGCCUGCUUCCGGCUCUCAGCCUAGCAACAAUGCCGCAGCACCACCACAGGCAGACAGCUCGUCUGUCCCAACAGGCAACGGAGGCUCCCAGAGUGAGGGAAGUGUUCCUGGCCCAACUGCCUCACCAAAGGAGUCUCAGGGUGGCUCCAGCUCUUCUUCUGAAGGGUCUUCUCCGUCACGUACAGCUCAGCCAAAGGGACAAACUACUGUUACAUCAACUCCCAAGUCCGGUAGUCAAGAUACCAAAGUUUUGCAAGGUCUUCUCGAGGGCCUCACUGGAGGAAGUCCUUUGAAAGAUCUGGGGAAUCUUAUCGAUGGCCUGCUGGGCCUUCUAAACCCAACUUUCCUCAAAGAUGUUGAGUCUUUCUUCCAUCAUUUUGCAUACCUAUUCGACGACAAGACCACGGAGCAGACAAAGACAAUGAUCGACACUGGAAGCAAGCUUCUUAACUCGGACAUGAUGAAGGAGAUCCAGGGUCUCCUGACCAAUGCCAACAAGCUCCUGACUCCUGAGUUCGUUAACGAGAUCAACAAGCUGAUCAAGGGACUCGGCCCACUCCUCACCCCCGAUCUCUUCAAGAAGAUUUCCACGCUUUUGGACAAUGGAAAUGAUCUUCUGACCACCGAGUUUGUCAAGGAGGUCAAUAGUCUGAUCGGAAAUGCCAACAAGUUGUUGACGCCUGAAUUGGUCAAGGAAUUACGACAACUGCUUGAUACCCUUGGCCCGAUCUUGUCUCCUGAGCUGCUGAAGGAGGUCUACAACUUGUUGAACAACGCUAACGACCUGUUGAGUCCGGACUUCGUCAAGGAGACCAAGAACUUGAUUAACUCGCUUGGCCCACUUAUCACCCCCGAGUUAUUCAAGCAGAUCAGCUCGCUACUGGGCAAUGCCAACAAGUUGUUGACUCCCGAAUUCGUGAAUGAAAUCAACAAACUUCUCAAGCAGCUUGGACCACUUCUCACCGAUGAUCUAUUCAAGCAGAUCAGCUCGCUACUGGGCAACGCUAACAAGCUCUUGACUCCUGAAUUUGUGAACGAGAUCAACAAGCUUCUUAGGCAGCUCGGCCCGCUCCUCACCGAUGAUCUGUUCAAGCAAAUCAGCUCGCUCCUGGGCAAUGGCAACAGGCUAUUGACUCCUCAUUUCGUUGAUGAGACCAAGAAGUUGAUCGAUUCACUCGGCCCGCUCCUUACUCCUGAUUUGUUCAAGGAGAUCAGCUCGUUACUGGGCAACGCCAACCAGUUAUUGACUCCUCAGUUUGUCGAUUCGAUCAAGAAAUUGAUCAACGCCGUCGGCCCGCUCCUCAGCCCUGAGCUGUUCAAGGAGAUUGGCUCACUUUUGGGCAACGCCAAUAACCUAUUGACACCAGACUUCGUCAAGAAGACCCAGGGCUUGAUUAACCAGGUGGCUCCUAUGCUCAAUGAGAUUGCUCCUAUCCUGACACCUGAAGUCCUCAGGAAGGUCGCUGGCUUGUUGGAUAACGCCGCGGAUCUUCUGACGAAGGAGUUCGUCAAUGAUACCAAGGGAUUGAUCACCGGACUUGCUCCUGAGCUUACGCCUCAACUUCUUAAGCAACUCGGCGGCCUGCUGAGAAGCGCAGCAUCGUUGCUGACUCAAGGAUUUGUUGACGAGGCUAAAUCAGUAUUGGGUAACGCCAACAACCUGUUGACACCCAAAUUUGUCAACGAGACACGCGACCUCAUUGAUGGCAUCGCACCCGUUAUCACUCCCGAGUUGCUCGGCAUGGUUGGCGGUCUCCUCAACAACGCUAACCAUCUUCUGACGAGCGAGUUUGUGGACGAGACCCAACACCUGAUUGGCCUCGUGUCGCCUGCCGUUACCCCUAAGCUGCUCAAGGAAGUGGGCUACCUGCUUGGUAACGGAACCCGUCUGUUGACACCCAAGUUCGUCAAUGAAACUAGGGACCUGAUCAACGAUGUCUCGCCUGUCAUCACGCCUGAGCUGCUUGGCGAGGUCGGUGGCUUGCUGGGCAAUGCCAAUCACUUGCUAACUCCGAAGUUCGUCAAUGAAACUCAAAUCUUGAUCGAAGAUGCUUCUGAGAUACUCCCUGUCGUGGUUAAGAUUUUGGGUACACUGUGA